AUCGUGUGCCACACUGGGUGUAAUCUGCUAAACUCCGCCCCGGCAGCUCGUCCAGCUGAUAGCCUGUGUGUGUGUGUGUGUGUGUGUGUGUGUGUCCCAUGUUUGGGAUUGUUGUGAUGGGAGGCCGCAGCCAUCUUGGAUCAGCGCCGCUUCAGACCGAGCAGCAGCAGCAGCAGCAGGCGGAGAGGACGGGCGACGUUAACGGCAGUUAGCUAACGUUAGCCGCUCGCUCAGAUUAAGCACAAUCUGCGUCGCUAUGCUCCAAACACGACAUUUUUUACUUCGCUAGCGGCCGCUUCGAGCGCAUACAAAAUGGGUUUAAAGUGCAUUCAACGUGUAUCGUCAUAAAUCCUGAGAGGGCGGCGGCGGCGGCGGUUGCAGAUCCUCGGUAUAUUUUUUGAUUUUUUUUUCUGAAUAGAGGAGUUACUAUGAAUGGAGGAUAAAUGUUGCCAAAGGCUGACAGCAGCAGUUUCGUCCUCUUCUCUCUCCUCUUCGUCCUCACGUUAACGGACCCACCACGGACAGGUCCGCGGCUAGCUCUGGCAAGAUUAUUGUCAGACUUUGAUCACAUGAGGAAGGCAGAACACAGGCAGAGGCUUCUUUUACGUUAAUCACAUGUGGCGUGGAGACCCACUUAACACAGAUGGGCUGUGUUGCUGAAGAGCAGCGCUGCAGCCCCGGGCAGUUCGCCUGCCGCAGUGGGAAGAUGCAAUGUAUCCCAAUGUCCUGGCAGUGCGACGGCUGGACAGCAUGCGAGGACAAGAGUGACGAGAUGGACUGUCCCCCUAUAAAAGAGGAGAGGUUUCGUUUCGGCAAUGGAUACGACCAGGUGGAAGACGUCAUUGGUGUGGCUCAGCCUGUGCGCUUCAACAAGAAAUGCCCCAGUGGGUGGCACCACUACGAAAAAACGGCCAGCUGCUACAAAGUGUACCUGAGGAAUGAGAACUACUGGCAGGCCGUGGAUACUUGUCAGAAAGUCAACGGCUCCCUGGCUACUUUUGUCACCAACGAAGAGCUGCAGUUCAUACUGAAGAUCGAGGUGGAUUUUGACGAGAAAGUCUGCGAGCGCAGAGACCAGUGCAAGUUUUGGGUUGGCUACCAGUAUGUGAUCACCAAUCAGAACCACUCCCUGGAGGGCCGCUGGGAGGUAGCGUACAAAGGGUCGAUGCAGGUGUUUCUGCCACCUGAGGGUCUGACCAACUUUGGGGAGGCGUCUCCCACCCAGGACAACGUCUUCUGUGCUCAGCUGCAGCGCUUUCAGAUUAAAAGCAUGAAUGAACGAGGCCUUCACAGCUGGCACGCUGAGAACUGCUACAAGAAGUUCCCCUUUCUCUGCAAGAGGAGGCAAACAUGUGUGGACAUAAAGGACAAUGUUGUAAACGAGGGCUACUACUUCACCCCUAAAGGAGACGACCCGUGUCUGAGCUGCACGUGUCAUGAUGGCGAGCCUGAGAUGUGCGUGGCCGCGCUGUGUGAGCGUCCGCAGGGCUGCCAGCACUUCCGCAAGGAUCCCAAAGAGUGCUGCAAGUUCACCUGCCUGGACCCAGAUGGAAACAGCCUGUUUGACUCUAUGGCCAGCGGGAUGAGGCUGAUCGUCAGCUGUAUUUCGUCCUUCCUCAUCCUCUCCCUGCUGCUCUUCAUGGUGCACAGACUCCGCCAGAGGAGACGUGAACGCAUUGAAACUCUGAUCGGAGGAAACUUGCACCACUUUAACCUUGGAAGACGAGUCCCAGGCUUCGACUACGGCCCUGACGCCUUCGGCACCGGCCUCACUCCCCUGCAUCUGUCUGAUGACGGAGAGGGAGGCGCUUUCCAUUUUCAGGAGCCUCCCCCGCCGUACGCCGCCUACAAAUACCCCGACAUCCAGCAUCCCGACGACCCGCCUCCUCCGUACGAAGCCUCCAUCAACCCAGACAGCCUCCUCUAUGUGGACCUCGGACACAGCGGGGUCUCCAUGGUGCCGAGCCAGAUGAACGCCAUGGUAGAUGGGCUGCAGGCUGAUAUUCCCAACGCCUCCGGUCCAGUGCCAGACCCUGUGCCAUGCUCUCAGGAGAGGGAAGACUCCAUAGAUAGCAGCACCCUCCUGGUGGGGCCCGACACCCCGACAGAUGGCCACGCCCCGGGCUCCAUCCCCGCAGACUCCCUCAGCACCGUGGUAUAGGACUGCGGACUGAUGGCAGGGAGCUGCAUCCGGACAUUACCUGCUGCUUGAGGAAGGUCAUGAGUGCGCUGUGCACCGGGAGAGGACACAGCAGACUGUUGUUGAUCCAAACGCUGACUGCAGGGAGGAGAGUCGAAGCUUGUACAGACAUAUCAGAGCGAGGUGUGAGGAUUCCCUCCUUCUGAAGACUCUGCUGCAGUCGGCCUUCUGAGUGUUGUUUUUUUUUUUAAGACAUCUGAGGGAGCAGAGAGGACUUUGGCUGUACAGAGAAAAAAAUUAAAAAAACACUACAUUGAGCCUGAGAAGGCUGCACUAACGCCGACUGGGCAAAGCUUUUGAAACAUCUCAGAGUUGGCCUGAUUGGUCGAGACGCCCUGAUGUAAAUAUCCCCCUCAGGUCCAUGCCGGUUGAAUUUGUUAUACCUGUCUGUCAGAGUCCAGCACAAGGCGAAGAGUGACAGACGGACAGUAAAGCCAGCUAUCCUUCCUUGCGCAUUUUUUUUCUUUGCAUCGUACUGUCGUUCAAACGGAUCUGUCCGUCUUCAGGCUACAGUAACAUCCUCACCAGCUCCGUCUGUCGCGGCUUGUCCCAGAUCUCGAUUUUCUGCUCGCUCAUAAAUAUCUACUGUCCCCUCAAUUUCUUAUCAGUCUGAUACAUGAAGCUGUCUUCCAGGUUUAUAGGGCAUAUUUGCAGCAAAAGUUUUGUAAUUCAGAGGUUUGACCUUGCAAGAAGGUACGGUUAGUUUUCCUGCUGUAGGGUUUUUAUUAGGUAAUGCUGACAUGAGGCAUUAUGUAUUGACGAAUGUUGUGGUACUGAUAAAUAUCCAAGUUUGGUAUUGUGUUCUUUUUAAUGCUAAUUUAUGAGAGCAGGCUGUAAUCUUGAUUGUUUUAUAGUGGGACAGACUUCCCACUGGUCAGCGAGCAAAAGCGAUGAAGCUUUUCAAGUGCAUGUGUGAAGAUUAGAGGGGAAAUCAAUUUAUUAAAAAUAACUGUUCCAAUCAUGAAGUGGUUUAAUCAUGCAGACGGUCCCAUUGUCGUUACUUUCUCAUCAACUCUUCGCAGGAUAGUUGUGCAUUUGCUAACAGAAUCAUGAUUAGUGGCUCAAAGCUUAAUGUUUUGCACGUUAAUCUCUCGAUUUAUAAUUUAAAUUUUUGUUUGUUUUUUGGAAAGAAAUUUCUCAGUUGUCACAUUUGGAUGCUGCCCCUCCGUUCCUGACGUGUUUCUGUACGUGCGAUUCUUCACACGACACAUCUGUUAUCUCAGCUAUCGAGGUCAUUUUCAGCUACUGAUGAAGAAGAUGUCACUGACUGUAGCUGUGAGUCUUUUCUUUCUGUUUUUUGGUGUUGAUGGGUCUAUUGCUGUUCUCUGUUUUCUCAAUGGGAUCGCAGUUUAAAAAUAAUUGUAAUAAAACAAAAGUGUAAACUUGUUUAGACCCCUGUUAUGAUGACAAUCGUUUGAUUCUCUCUAGGAUUAUUGUUAUUAUUUUUAUUUUAUUUUAUUUUAUUUUAUUUUAUUUUUUUCAAAGUUGGAUCAGAGUCGACCCAGAACCACCAGCAUUCGAAACCGCGUUUUUUUAUCUGCCUCAAGGAAACCAGCUGUAAACGCGUCUGGAUGACUGUCCCGUCUGAAUGUACUGUGUGUAAAACAUUAUUUUCCCUGCUUUUACUUACAUUUUUAAGUUUUUUAUUUCAUUUGGCAUUGACAAUCCCGGUGGAUUAUCUGACAAACAAAAUCUCAAACAUUGUGGGGAAAAAGUAACGUGUGCAUGUGUGUGUUUAGGGGAUUCAUGUGUUGUGGUUUUGAUUUUUUUUUCUUUCUUUUUUUCCAUCAAGUUUGGUUGUUAUUUUUCAACCUUUUCUUUUGGCCCUGCGGUGCAUGUUUUUUUGUUUUGUUUAGUUUUUUUUUGUUUUUUUCUAUCUCUUGGCAUGCUGAGAGAUUUUUCUUUGGAUGGAAACACUUUUAUCUCGACAGUCUGUCCUGUACAGUGGGUUGAAAAAAAACUCCUGCGUUAAGUUUAACAUCUGCAUCAAAAAACCUGCUCACGACCCCCCGACAGCUCAAUCUAAACUGUAGUUUCUGUGCUGAGAACUAAUAUUACUGCAUCUGAAAUGUCUCAUGUAUAAUACAGCAAAUGCUUCAUUUCAUUGUCUUUUUAUUUCAUUAGCCUUUAAAUUUAAAAGCUGCUUCAUUUGCAGGCCGAGCUUGUGUUUUUCUGAGGUAGAUGUACAUCUAAUCAAAUGCCAAAUAAAUUGCACCAUGAAGGACGA